AUGGCCGCCCAUAGUGUUGUGUGUUGUACAUCGCGUGUGUGCCGCUUCGCCCUUGUCGUCUUGCUGCUGCAUUGUUGGUCAGCUGUGUUGUUGCGUGGCGCAGUGAUUGAGGAGGAUGGGUUUGGCAACUUGCACAUCACCACCACCACCACGACAACCACAGCAACAGGCAUCGCCGAGGAGGAUCAGGAAGAGUGGUCACCCUCCUCUUCACAUUCCCGGGUGCUUGUGAAUGGGGUUGAUGUGAUGGCACAGCUGGUGGCGGCUCAGCGGCAAUUGAGGAGCCGAGGGCGGUUUGUGAAGCAGCUGUGCCGCGACCACACUGUGGACGUGACCACCGUCACUGGGCUUGGCCAAGAAGGCCUGGGAAAGUGGCGGAACUCCGUGCUGGCGCCAAACGGCAAGGUGUAUGCCAUGCCCAUCCGCUCGCCCCACGUGCUCAUCGUUGACCCAGACACCAACGCCGUUGACACCACGACCAUCACGGGGUUCAGCACGGGCCAGGCCAAGUGGACCGGUGCGGUGCUGGCGCCCAACAACAAGAUCUACGCCGUUCCGGCAGACGCCACAAGUGUCUUGAUCAUCGACCCGGCGACCAACGCAUACAAUGCCAGCGCCAUCACUGGGCUGCCACCCGGCGACAGCAAAUGGGCGGACGCCGUGCUUGCAAGCAACGGCCUCAUCUUUGGCAUGCCGAACCAGGCGGCGUCGGUGCUCAUCAUUGAUCCAGCCACCAACGCCUCGGACACCACGACCAUCCCCGUUGCUGUGCUGGAAGGAGGCAACCAGUGGUAUGGCGCCGUGCAGGCACCCAACAACGGCAAGAUCUACGCUGCGCCGGGCAUGCAGACCGCUGUUCUCAUCAUUGACCCCGCGACGAACACGACCGACAACACCACCAUCGCUGGGUUCCCACUCUCUGCACGGGGGCACCUAAAAUGGCGGGGUGCUGUGCUGGCGCCCAACGGCAAGAUCUAUUGUGUGCCACAGGACGCAACGUCUGUUCUCAUCAUUGACCCGUUUACCGAUACGGCAGACACCACCACACUUGGAGGGCUCUUCCCCACAACCAGCAAAUGGUACAGCGGUGUUCUCACGCCCGACGGUCGCAUCCUUGGCAUCCCCGACCACGCCAACGCUGUGCUCAUCAUCGACCCCAUCGCCAACACGACUGAUGUCACGUCACUGCGCGUUCCACCAAACCAGUUUGGGUGGGCGACUGGACUUGUUGCUGGACGCAACAGGGACAAAGUUGUUUGUGUCCCUUAUGGCCACCAAGCUGUCCUCAUCAUCGACCUUGUCUGUCUCGAAUACGCUGUGUAA